GAGCGCGGCGGACCUGGGAUCAGCCAGGAGCGAAGAUGUGAAGGUGGAAUCCGACAGAGCAGACCUGUGUUUCUCUGAAGAACAAGAAGAAGAACAAGAAGAAGAACAGCAACAUGCUCACACAGCAGGAACAGGAGCUGUAGUUUGGAUCUUUAUAAAAUCUGGAAACAUCCUCGCGUUAUUUUUCUUUUCUUAUUUUUCUGUCUCUGUCCACCUCAUAUAUUUUACUGGAAGCAGUGUUGCGCGGAGUAAGGAGCAUCGUUGACGUUCACUGGAUAUUUAUUUUUAAUAACACAAUUUGGAAGGAGUAGCUGCUCCGUGAAGACUUUAUGGGAUUAUUCUCGACGCAGAACAACAUUGGGCACCAUGAGUUCCAGUGCAGCUUAUCAACCGGGCUCUGUGGGUGCUGAACAAAGUUCUGGACCAAUCCGAUGCCAGCGAUGUCGGGAAGUAUGCAAAGGAGAGGUGGUACGAGUACAAGACACCCACUUUCACGUCAAGUGUUUCACCUGCACCGUGUGCAACUGUGAUCUGGCACGAUCUGGCUUCUUCCAGAAGAAAGGAGAGUACAUCUGCACGGCAGACUAUCAGCGUCUCUACGGGACACGCUGCGACCGCUGUGACAGCUUCAUUACAGGAGAGGUGGUGUCCGCUCUGGGACGCACAUACCACCCCAUGUGCUUUGUCUGCAGUGUCUGCAGUAAACCCUUCCCCAUUGGAGACAGAGUGACGUUCAGUGGAAAGGACUGCGUAUGCCAGCAGUGCUCUCGCACACUCGUCAAGCCCAAUGAACCGAUCAAGAUCCACGGGCCCAGCCACUGUGCCGGGUGCAGAGCUGAGAUCAAGCAGGGUCAGUCUCUCCUGGCGUUGGAGAAACAGUGGCACGUCAGCUGCUUCAGAUGUCGGAGCUGCAACAUGGUCCUCACUGGAGAGUACAUCAGCAAGGAUGGAGUGCCAUACUGUGAGGCAGAUUACCACGCCCAGUAUGGGGUGAAAUGUGAGACCUGCAGCAGAUACAUCAGUGGAAGGGUUCUGGAGGCGGGAGGGAAACACUACCAUCCGAGCUGCGCUCGAUGCUCCCGCUGUAACAUGAUGUUCAAAGAGGGAGAGGAAAUGUACCUGACAGGAUUUGAGGUGUGGCACCCAUUAUGCAAGCAGGCAGCGAGGGCAGAGAGGAGACUCAGGCACAGACGCCUGUCAGAGGCCUCCAUCUCUCCACCGGGCUCCUCUAUAGGCUCUCCCAGCAGGGUUAUAUGCGCCAGAGUGGCGAAUCAGAUCCUAGAUUAUAAGGACCUAGCUGCCCUGCCAAAGGUCAAAGCCAUAUACGAGGUCCAACAGCCAGAUCUCAUAUCCUCCUCAUACCAGCCCUACCACAGAUACAACUCUGAUGACAGGCUAGACACUUACGGCUAUGGGGAGUCACUUAGGACACUCUCUCCUUAUUCUCAGGACUACGACAGCCUGGAUAUAAAGCAGAGGCGGUGUUCCAGUCCAGGUUAUAUUGACUCGCCGACAUAUAGUCGCCAAGGCAUGUCUCCCAUCAUGCCUCGCUCUCCGCAGCACUAUGCCUACCCUGGCUCUGAAAGUGGCAGGAGUUCACCUUAUUACGGCCAAGAGGGGCGGUCAAGCACACCCACCACAAACCAGCCCCCUAAACAUUUUCAUGUACCAGCCACAGGGGACCCCAACAUCUACAGGAAGCCUCCCAUCUAUUCGAGAACGGACAAUCAUGUGGACACAGCCACCAAAAGCAGGACCAGUGAGGACAUCCUCAGAUCCUCCAGACUGUCCACCUACUCUCCUGAGCCAUACACCCAGUCAGAGUCAGAAUACUACCCAUACACCAGCUCGCCCAAAGCCUAUCGGGCGCCGAGAAGACGCUUCUCGACGGGAGGAGAUGAAGAGAGUUGGAGUCACAGUCUUCAAAGAAUUGGGAGUGGCAUUGGGAGGAUGAUCCUAAAGGAGGAGAUGAAAGCCAGAUCUGGUUCCUAUGACAACGACCCCUGGGGCAGUGCAAGGAAUUCUCGUAGUGGGAGCAAGGAAACACUCACUACAGGCUACGGCACCACGGCGUACAACAACACUGUCAAUGGAUCUCCCAGAUCUCAGUACAGUGCUGAUUGUGAUUCUGUUUGUAAGUCUGCAUCGCUGCCAGGAUACGGACGUAACGGCAUCCAGAGGCCUCAGAGUGCUGACUGCUACCAGUACCAGUAUGACAGUGGCAGUGAGGUCAACUGGGGAAGCAGAGCAGAAUACACGAUUUACCCCUAUGAGGAGCUCAUUGUCACCACCAGAGGCCGCAACAGGCUGCCCAGAGACGCAGACAGAGCCAGGCUGGAGCGUCACCUGUCCCCAGAGGAGUUCCUCCAAGUGUUUGGAAUGACUGUGGAGGAUUUUGACAGGCUGGCUCUGUGGAAGAGAAAUGAGCUCAAGAAACAGGCCCGACUGUUUUAAUACCAUACACGUCCGUUGAAUACUGCCAUAACUAGAGGAAGAAAGAGAUAGGUAGACUUCUGCUCAGUUCACUGCCAUGGCUGAGAACCUGUUCUAGAUCUCCUCAAAUGACCCACCAAGUUCUGGUCACACCAGCGUGAACUUCUAAGAUAGGGCCUACUAAGGUACGGCCACAGAGCCAUCAUGCACAGAUGGACUGAUAAACUGUUACAUGGCCAGAGUGGUGUGUAAGCAAUAGAGCCUGCGGUACAUAGUGAUGUGCUUUUCUUAAGCCUGAAGGCUGGAGGAAGGCAUGGCUGUGCCCCUAUAAGGUCACCUGUGGGGAUGUCUGUGACCAGAGCUGCAGGGCAAAAACAUAAAGAGGAGAUUUUUUGGCUUUGCCUUAUUUGUUAUGCUCUCUUAAUUAUGAGUGUGCAGCACCAGCAAUCUUAAUGAGUAGAAUGUAGAUACACUAUAUCAUUUAUGAGACUUUAUCAGUGUGAAUGAUUAGAUGAGAAGAAUGAGUGAGUGAGCAUACAGCAUCACUUUGCUUUGGUUUACAAGAAUGCAGUUUGUUUACCUAUUUUUUCCUUUUCACCUGAAAUACUGUGUCCCUUUGGUUUACACUAAUUGAUAUAGAAUACAACAAGUAACAAUCUGAGAUCUAGAUGCAACUUUUUUAAUUGUAUUUGUGACCUGGAUUGAUAUGUGUGCAAAUAAAAAGCAAAGUGAGAAAGCAAAUACAGAUUGGCAAAUCACUUCCAUGUAAUGUUCUGGUUAAAUAGGUGAAGGUCACCAAUAUCAUAUCACUGUCAUAUCAACCAUUUCACUGUGCAGCUGUAUGGUAACCUAAAAUCAUGUGCAAUCCAACACAUGAAAUACAUACAGCAAACACCAAGCUCCAUGCUUUCCAGCUCAUUGCAAUAUAAUAACGUACUGUUUUAGGAUGAAGACUGUAUUCACCCAUACAUUUACUAUUAUUAAUAUUCUUUUUAGGAAUAAUAGUCCUUUUAUU